UGGAUUACAGUAAUAAUUAGUGUGUAGAAGAUGUCAUUAACAGUGGAACCAAUUAGUGAUACUAAAUACCAUUUAGCUGAGGGUCCUUUUUGGGAUCAUAAACAUCAAAAUGUCUAUUUUGUCGAUGCAUUUGUUGGUGAUAUUCAUCAAUUUGACAUUAAAAAUAGUAAAACAAAGACAUAUCAACUCAAAGAUUUGGUUACUAUUGUUAUUCCUUAUGAAGACAAUUCAGAUAUUUUGUUAAUAACUCUAAGCAACCAAAUCAUUAAAUAUGACACUAGAAAUGGCAAUCAAGAAAUGUUGGCAUCGAUUGCAUUACCAAUUGAAGGCAAAGAACGUUUCAACGACGGAAAAAUUGAUGGAAGGGGUCGACUAUGGAUUGGAAGUGUUGUCAAUGGAUCCAAUGGUAUUGUAGCUAAAAUGGGUAAUCUUUAUAAAUUUGAAAAGAAUCGGAUGAUUAAAAUGUCAGAAGGAUUUACCAUUUCUAAUGGUAUGACUUGGAAUCAAAACUAUACGAAACUUUAUUUUAAUGAUUCUGAAGACCAAAAGAUUUAUGUCUUUGAUUAUGAUCUGCAAAAUGGAUUAAUAAGCAAUAAAACGAUUUUUGUAAACAUCAAGACAAGUGAUUACUUCAAAAGCAAUGAAUAUCCCGAUGGCUUGACUAUCGAUGUUAAAGGAUAUCUUUGGACGGCAUUAUACGGUGGAUCAAGAGUUGUUCAAAUCGAUGUCGAAUCAGGAAAUGUAAUAAAUUCAAUAACAAUUCCGUCGCCUCUAACGACAUCAGUUGCUUUUGGCGGUCCAAAUAUGAAUCAAUUGUUUGUCACUUCUGGAAAUGAAGGCAAAGAUGAAUAUAAAAAUAGUGGUCAAGUAUUUAGAAUUACUUCAAACGAUCCAAACUUUAAAGCAUUAAGAUUUGAACAAUAUUUUAAUCCAAACUCUUGAUUAUAAUAAAUAUUUAAUUUUUAGAAUCAAAAAUCAUUAUCG